AUGUCCCUUCCUCCCUACGUGCCCCGUCCUCCCGUCGCUCCUCCGGCUCCGCACAUCCACAUGAGCCCCGUCCCUGUGCUCUACGUGAUCGUUGUCUACGCCGUGGUCAUCUUUGCCUUUUGGAAUAUCCCGGGGGCAAGAGUCGUCAUCAACCCUCUGAAGCUUUUCACAAUAGGAUGGCAUGAGCUCUGUCACAUUAUCAUGGCCGUCCUCACGGGAGGGACAGUCAUGAAAGUAUCCAUAGACCCUGACAUGGGCGGCGCAACCAUUGUCAGCGGGGGUCAUCCCCCCACCAUCCUCGCCGCAGGAUACGUCGGGUCCACCAUCUUCGGAGGUCUUUUCAUCAUGGCCGGGUUUGACACUCUGGUCUCGAAGAUCAUGAGCUUUGUCAUUGGCGUAGGCAUUGCAGCCCCUCUGGCUUUGGUGCGCAACAAGCUCACAAUCCUAUUCGCCAUUGUGUACGAGGCCCUUCUCAUCGGAUUUUGGUUCAUUGACCACGCACAAGCGCUGAGGUGGUACUGCUUGUUCAUUGGCGUGAUGAAUGCUCUUUACGUCGUCUGGGACAUCGCCGACGACAAGUACUUCCGCAAGGCAAACGAUUCCGAUGCCACUCAAUGGUCGAUCAUGUACCCUCGGGUCGCCGCUCAUCUUUGGGCCACUCUGUGGAUCAUCUUCGAGGUCGCUGUCAUCACCGGCUUCGUUCUUGUCGGUAUCGUUGCGUUCAAGCGCACACCCGACGAGAUGUACGCCGAGGCCGCGCAGUUCUCCCCACAUAACAAAACAAAGCUCACGAACCCUCAAGCAGUAUCCUCAAUCGAAAUCGCUGUGUCAAUACGUUUGUAUCGCAUGUACCGUUGUAUCCAUCCUGCUGUGUCAUAUUCUUGCUCUUUGUUCUAG